AUGGAAAUCCUUCAUCCUCCAAAAACAGUUUAUGUCCUCUUCAAUUUGUGCUGCUAUCUUUUGUUGUUCAACGGAAUCAACACCUCCGCUUACACCGUACCUGAUCGCUACUUCAUCAACUGUGGCUCAAGUGGCAGCACAACCGUCUACGGGCGGAACUUCGUCGGCGACGUCAAUCCCGAUUCUUUCACCUUGUCCACAAGCCACAGCAACAUAGCCAAAGAAGACCAAUCAUCGGAUUCAGCAUCUUCUCCACUCUAUCAAACUGCAAGAAUUUUCAGACAAAAAUCUUCAUAUGAUCUUGACCUUGUCCAGAAUGGCAUUUACGUGGUACGUUUUCACUUCUAUGCUUUCACUUCUCCAGAUAAUCUUGCUACUGUCAGAUUCGACGCGUCAACUUCCAAGUUUUCACUCCAAUCCAACUUCAGCGUCCAAAAUAGUAGCACCAGUAAAUCACCUGUGAUUAAAGAGUUCUUGAUCCGUAUCGAUGAUUCUCCUUUUUACAUUACUCCUGCUGGAAGCAAAGGAGUUUACAAUGGUUUGUUGCCCAAUGCUUUACAAGUAGUUCAUAGGAUUAGCGUUGGUGGAUUGACUGUAACACCGGACACUGAUACUUUGGGGAGAAAUUGGAUACCUGAUGAUGAUUAUUUGGUCUUCUGGGAUGCAGCCACUAACACUCCAUUUCGUAGUGCACCGCCUAAUUACCAGCCCGGAUCUGCAACAAAGUUUGAUGCUCCUGACCCUGUUUAUAACACUGCCAAAGAGCUGAACAUCGCUCCUAGUCAGCAAGGUGUCACUCUCCCGAAAACAAAUUCUAAUGUUUCUUGGGGAUUCAAUGUAAAUGGAAAUGCCAAAUUUCUAGUCCGGGUGCAUUUUUGUGACGUAAUUAGUCAGGCUGGUAGCGGGAAAUUGAAAUUCAAUCUCUAUAUUUAUAGUAACUUUAGCCAAAAAAUUGAUCCACAAGAUUCAACUACCGCAGCCAUGACGGCAGUUCCUUUUUACAUUGAUUUUGUGGUGCAUUCAGAUGAUUCUGGUUUUAUGAAUGUAAGUAUUGGCCCACGGCAAGAUUCUAGAAAUCAAACAGCCUUUCUUAAUGGGGUAGAGAUUAUGCAGUUGGUUAACUUUCCAGGUCCAAUUCCAGAUGGAAGUGGAUCAGGAAACAAGCAUUUGCCCGCGAUUAUUAGUUCAGUUGCUGGAGGUGUGGUUCUCAUCAUCAUUACAGUGGUAUUGUUCUGA